AUGCUGCUCUGUCUUCUCCCCGUCCAUUUACCAGGCGGAGGAACGCGCAUCUCUUGAACGAGCCUUCGCAGCUCGGAGGUCGGAGAUGGGAGGUCGGAGCUGGGAGGUGGGAGGUGAGAAUUGGUAAGGACGACACGAUAGCUAUACGGCUAGUAGUGUCCGAGAUGUGACUUGGUGAGCAGUUGCGCGUGAAGCAACGCAACACUUUGUCGUCUCGCUACCUUUUAAAAAACCACGCUGCCGGGCUUUUGCUAGUUUGGAAUAAGGUGAAGAGGAUGCGGAGACUGUGAAAGCAGAGACGGUGCAGGGUCAUAGGUCACGGUGCUGCAGUGCCUUUCCACCCUCUUUUGCCAGCUGACUGGGAGUAGCCAUAGCAGUGGGAACUGUUUUUUUUUUUCGAACUAAUGUGCAGCUGAUGACACCUCUCUACCUCAUCACACUCCAGAUUGCUGUUGAAACAACCAUUUAUUCUGCGUCCAUGAGAGAAACGUACACAAAAUACUGGACAUGCUGUAGCUCAUAGUGAGGGUCAUUGGGGCCAGCUUGGAUCCAAAGGAGUUCCAAAAGUUCCAGAUACCCUCUGCCAUGGCCUUCUCAAGUGAUCACAACUUCACUGGAAAUUUGGAAGGGCAGGGUGAGAAUGGCUUCCCCUCUGCACCAUCACUUGUGGAUGAGCAAAAUCUCAGUGCUGACUUUGAGCCCGCCCCAGUUGAGCCUUUAUGUCCAGGGGAGCCCCAAAACAUGAUGCCAGCUACAACCCAACAAGCCAUGCCUGGUAACAGUCAGCAGAUAGGCCACUACAUUGGCAUGGAGUCACAGAAUGCUAUGGAGCAGGCAUUUUCUGGUCCUGGGGGCAUGGGUGGUGGAGGUGGUGGCAUAGUUGUAGACCAGCAUGGCCAGUACCCAAAUGCUAGUAUGAGCCAAGCAGCUAAUACGCUGUUCUUCAACCAAGACCAGAAUGGAAAUAUGUUCUACCCCUAUCAAUCAUAUCUAUACAACCACAACCAGCAACUUUGUGUUUUACAACAACAAACACAGCAGCAACAGCACUGCCCAAAUCAGCUGUUAAACCAGCACCAGCAUCACCAACUUUUCCCACAGGCUUUGCAGCAUCAGCAGCAUCCUAAUCUCUCCUUUGACCGGAGAGGUCAAUCUCAGAGCCAAAAGCAAAGUCGCCUUUAUCGACAGCAGGUUCAGAACCAACUAACUGCACAAGGAUCAAAGUUGCGUUCAAGGGCUAAGCAAAAAAAGACUUAUGUGGAUAGUCAAAAUGCUUCUUUGAAUGGGACUUGCUUGCAACCACAGCAGCAGGGCAGCUACCAGUUGACCAGGCCAGAUCUAGCCUUCUCUGGAUCAAGAUUGAGGGACUCUCAAUCAUGCUUUACUGUACAUUCAUCAUCUGUGCCUCAUUCUCUGCCGCUCAGUGCCACUGUAGGUUCUACCAAAGCUUGCCAACCUGCACAGGACCCUUCCUACCCUGGAGGCCCAAAAAUACCCAGUCACAGUCAGCAGCCAUUGUUCACAACCUCAGUGUCUGUUCCCGCCACCAGCACUGCAUCCCUCACUUCUACAGCACCCACCCACUCAGGGACGGUAGGCCAGUUUCCAUCCACAGUCAGUCCUACCAAAGCUGGCCAACCUGCUCAGUACCCUCCCUACCUUGGAGACGCAGAAAUACCCAGUCACAAUCAGCAGCCAUUGUUCACAACCUCAGUGUCUGUUCCCGCCACCAGCACUGCAUCCCUCACUUCUACAGCACCCACCCACUCACGGACGGUAGGCCAGUUUCCAUCCACAGUCAGUCCUACCAAAGCUUGCCAACCUGCUCAGUACCCUCCCUACCCUGGAGACGCAGAAAUACCUAGUCACAGUCAGCAGCCAUUGUUCACAACCUCAGUGUCUCUUCCCGCCACCAGCACUGCAUCCCUCACUUCUACAGCACCCACCCACUCAGGGACGGUAGGCCAGUUUCCAUCCACAGUCAGUUCUACCAAAGCUUGCCAACCUGCUCAGGACCCUUCCUACCCCGGAGACCCCAAAAUACCUAGUCACAGUCAACAGCCUUUGUUCACAACCGCAGUGCCUGUUUCCACCACCAGCACUGCACCCCUCACUUCUACAGCACCCACCCACUCAGGGACUGGAGGCCAGUUUCCAUCCACAGUCAGUCCUACCAAAGCUUGCCAACCUGCUCAGGACGCUCCCUACCCUGGAGACCCAGAAAUAACCAGUCACAGUCAGCAGCCAUUGUUCACAACCUCAGUGUCUGUUCCCACCACCAGCACUGCAACCUUCACUUCUACAGUUCCCAGCCUCCCAGGGACGGAAGGCCAGUUAGAGGAAAAUCUUCUCCAGACCCUAUGUUGCUCUGGAGUAUCCCAAGCCAACUCCAGCAUGGCCAGCCCACUGAGACCUCAAAGCUACGGGGCCAGUCUUUCCUUGGAAGACCUCCUGCAAUCAGAUGAGGAAGACUUGGGGUUCCUGGGACAUCCUGAUCUUCUGGCUGACCUACUGCCACAGCUGAAGGCUCCUCCCAGCCAACAGGAUGCAUCUGAGUACUCCUGUGUCCAGUCCAGCCAGGAGAGUGGGCAUGAGCACAGGACAUCGCCUGUUGGGUACAAGGUAGAAAAGUUGGAGUGUUCGACUUCUGAUGGGAAGUCGGACUGUCCAACUUCCCAGUCGGAAGUUGCUACCGGAACGACCCCUGAAGUUGGAGGAACAUCACCAAACUCCGCCUCACAACCCAAGAUGCCUGCUCCGUAUCCCAGUCUUGCUCUUGAGGAGAACAUUAACAUGUUUUUGGAAUCCCUGGAGAACACCCCAUAUACUUCUGACUGCGCAAAGAUCACAGAAAACCUGGUUAAAACCGGAGACACCAUAACAGACAGCUGCAAGGAGAUUGCCAAUCCUGCACCCUGCCCGUCACCAUCAGGUGUGCCAACCAAUCACAUAUUCAGCAAAGUGCAAACGCUGUUCAUAAUUAGCCAAGUGCAACAGCACAUUACGUCUGAAGGACUUGGUCUCCCUAAGAACCUGGUAGAAUUGAAUGAACGGCUGAAAUCUCCCAAAGGCAGUAAAAAGGAAUUCUGGAUGGACUUAACAGAAAAGUUGAAAAGUGAGUUCAGACAAGCGUUCAGCUAUGAGAAGGUAAACAGGAAAUGGAACACUCUGGUCGAAGGAUACAAAAAAGUGAAAGGCAAUAAUAAAUUAACAGAAAAAGGAACACGCUUCAAAUUUUAUGCAGAAAUGGAUGCACUUAUGGAUCAAAAUGAUGAACAAAAUGAAGUGGACCCUCUUAUCAGGACAUCAGAGGAGCUGCAGGUGUGCAGGCCUGAGGCCCUGGGAUGUUGCAGCAGUGUCACAGCAUUCGCUGAAACUACACUUAGCCAAGCUACACCAAGACAACUUGCUGCUAAACGUAAGCCAGAACCCUCUGCCACACCUGCGCCAAAACCCUCUGUCACACCUGCACCAAAACCCUCCGUCACACCUGCACCAAAACCAUCUGCCACACCUGCACCAAAACCCUCUGCCACACCUGCACCAAAACCCUUUGCCACACCUGCGCCAGAACCCUCUGCCACACCUAUGCCUCCUUGCAAACGUAAAAAGUGGGAGGAUGAGGAAAAGAUGUCCUUGCGAGAGUUUGAUGAAAACUGUCAACGGCGCCAUGAGGAAGUUAUGCACAUGCUAAACCGUCAACUGGACGUUCAAAAGAUGAAGAUACAGCUUUUGUACAUGAUGUAUUCACAGCGGCGUUAAAAGCUGUACAGUGUCCAAGCUCUUGCACAAUUUUUUACCUUUUUGUUUUUUAGUUCAUUUAAGAAGGGACAGUGCAAAUGAACAAAUACACAUGGUAUAAAAAUGCCAGAAUUAGCCAAAAGGCUAUUUUUCAUUCGUAGUCCCUUGGCCAAGAUGUUACACGAGGCUACCUUAAAUACAACAAAACACAAAAAAGCAAACCACAAAAAAAAAGUGAGAAAAAGGAAAAAAAAGAAGAAAGAAAACGACAUACAAUAUAAAAGACCGUCCUGUUAAUUAUUUACUUUAUGUUUGUCUUUUUUUUUACUUUUUUUAAAACAUUUUUUUAUACAGUUUGCACAAAAAUAGCACUUUUUGCACAUUGUGUCUAACUGUCUAUUAAUUGUAAAUUGUAAAAAAAAAAUCUUCAACAGGCUCCGGCUGUGACACCUCAAACACGGCAGGGAGGUCAAGUUGAGUGGCCUUUGGUGAGGCCUAGCUGACAGCCUGUCAGUCAGAGUGGCUACACCCUUAAUUAUGCAGAACUUAAAGCCUUAAUAACAUUUAAAGGGGAUCGUUAUAAAAAAUAUUCACCCCUUGCAUAGUUCAAUCAAUCAAUCAAACUUUAUUCAUAUAGCACUUUUUGUACAAACAGAAUGUAGCACAAAGUGCUUUACACACACACACACACACACACACACACACACACACACUCACACAAAAAGAUUAAUUCAGAGACUCUAAUGGUAAGGACCGAACAGUAGAAGACUACUAUAAAAACGGUAACUGAGGAAACGCUAUCAUAAGUAAGGAAACACCAGAGGCAGGAUAAAGCAGAGCGGAUUGCUGACAGCUAUCACAGAGCUGUCAAUCAGACUGGAGCGCAGUCUGUGUUUCUCCUGGGGGAUUUUAAUCGCUGUGACCCGACCUGGAGCAAUAUGAAACCACUACGGCCAGAAUGAACAAUAUACUGGACCUGUGCUAUGGGAAUAUCCCAAAUGCAUAUGUAUCAAAGCCCCGCCCCCCUCUCGGCCGGUCAGAUCACAACGUCAUCCUGCUACUACCAAAAUACAGAUCACAACUUAAAACGAGUGAGACAACAACAAAAACCAUUAAAGUCUGGAAUAAUGAAGCAACCGAAACACUCAGGUUGCUUUGAACUCACUGACUAGGACUUGUUUUUCAGUGACUGUGGUAGGGAUUUGAAUUCACUGACAGAAGUACUGACCUCCUACAUUUUAUUCUGUGAGGACACUGUCACUCCCACCAAAAAAAUAACCAUCUAUCCUAAUAAUAAAAUAUGGUUUACCAAAGACAUGAACCUCUGCCUAGCCCAGAAGAAAAGAGCAUUUCUUCAGGGGGACAAGCAGAAGGUGAGGGAACUGGAGAGGGAGUUCAGGAGACAAACAGACCCUGCCUCUUUUGCAGAAGAGCUGAACACCUUCUUCAGUAGGUUUAACCAAAACAAAGCAUCAGAUAGCUUUAGCUGCCAGACUCUGACCAACAAUCAAGCCCCUGCUGUUGAUGAGCAGCUGGUAACCUCCAUCUUACAGAGAGUAAACCCACACAGAGCCUCUGGCGCUGACAGGCUCAGGGGCUCAAAGGCUGCGCUGCACAGUUGGGUGCAGUCAUCACCAGACUGUUUCAGCAUCUUCUGGACUCUGGUUGUGUUCCCAGACAGUGGACAGAGUCCUCAAUAAUUCCCAUCCCAAAAAAGGCACAUGCAAAGGACACUAAAGACUUCAGGCCCGUGGCCCUCACAUCAGUGCUUUGCAAGUGCAUGGAGAGAGUUGUGGCGACUUAAUGUCAAAUAUGCUGCCUGAAAAACUGGAUCCCCUCCAGUUUGCCUAUAGGGCAAAACGAGGUGUAGAGGACACAAGCCUUAUUUACGAUCUUAUUUAUGGACUUCUCCUCUGCUUUUAACACUGUAAACACUGACACUCUGCUGCACUGGACCUCCAGAUCCACCCAACUUGGAUUUUAUGGAUAAAGGACUUUCUAAUGGACAGACCACAGCAGGUGUUUUUAAAUGGUAAACUGGUUUUAAACACAGGGCUCCCACAAGGCUGUGUUUUAUCCCCCAUUCUGUUCUCUGCCUACACCAAUAACAUCACCUGUGUCAGGGAGGGAAUGAGUCUUUUUAAAUACGCUGAUGACAUGGCACUGGUGGCCCACAUGGACAGUAUGGAGGCUCUCACCCAGGACCAACUGCCAGUCGACGACCUAGUCACAAAUUUUAGUGAGAAAUCACUAGAACUAAACAUUUCAAAGACUAAGGAGUUGUGCUGUGUAGGAAGAGACAGAGCAGCAACUGCAUCUCAGCUUUUUAAACCUUUGUUUACUCAGGGAGAGCGGGUGGAACAGGUGGAGUGUCUUAAGUAUCUGGGGACACAGAUGGACACCUGCCUGUUCUUCCAAACACACUCGGACACAAUCUACAACAAAGCAUUCCAGUGCCUGCAUCUUCUCAGGAAGCUGUGUCACUCAUUGGAUCCAUUCUCACCUUCAAUAGCACAUCUUGGUACAACUCUCUCACUAACAAACAGAAAACAAAACUCUCUCAUAUCACAGAUCAACUGUCCCAUCUGUAUGAGCGCUCCGUUAUCAGGAAGGCCACCCUGAUUAGAGAGGAACCCUCUCAUCCCCUCCAUCAUUCAUUCAGUCUCCUCCCAUCAGGCAGGAGUUACAAAGUCCCGCUGGCCAGAAAAACAAUCUAUAAAAAUCCAUUCAUUCAAAAUUGCAAUAACAGCCCUCAACAGUAGAGGAAUUUCAGUGCACUGAUAAUGGUUCGCUAAUGCUGCUGGUCCUUUAUCUUUUAUGUGUCGAUGUGUGUUGCUUAUUUUACAUCCUGUGUAUUUUUUGGAUUCUUCGGUCCUUUUAUAAGUCUGUAAUAGCUUGCACGUGUAAAUGUUAUGUUGAUUUCUGUCAAAGAGGAAUUUCAGGUACCAUUUGGUUCAGACAAUAAAGUAUUUAUUCUUAAAAAAAAGAAGGAACAAAAAAAAAAAAAAAGAAAGAAAGACCUGACCAAACAGUUAGAUACAGUCUCUUAGCAAUUAGCUUCUGUCUAUUAGCAGUUAGCUCCUAUUAGCUCCUCACCGUCAGCUCAGACUCGAGUUACCGUUUGUUCAGUGCAGGGUGCAAGUGUCACACAGGAAGCCAAUGCAAAGACUUUAAAAUUGGUGUAAUGUGUGCUUUCUUGGGUUAUAACACUGGGUUAUGUCAUGAAUGAUGAAAUAACCCAUGGAGAUCAAAACUGUUUUCGUACCAGGCUGUAAACAUGUUUAUUUUAGCUGUAAAGAUGGGCAUUUUAACAUGAGACUCUGUGGAGAUUUGCUCUGUUUUGGAGCUAGCCCCAAGUGGCCAGUCGAUGAAUUGCAUUUUUUGGCACUUACGCAUGGGCCUCACUUGUCAGCCCUAGGGGUUGCCGCUUGGGUUUGCACGGACUGCAUUAAAACAGAUGUGUUUUUCAGUGGUGGGCAUUUGUCCUCUUGGAAUAAUUUCACAUAGCCUAUUUUUUGCACUUUUGUAGUCUCAAAUGUAUAAAAGAACAGUACAAGAGAAAUAAUUAUUAUUAAUGCCGUUAUUAUUGUUGGUAAGAUUUUGGACAUGAGUCAAAUAAAAACCUAUCGAAGCCAUACCCAAAUUAAAUCGAAAACUGUUCUUGUUCCAUUGUUAGUACAUGUCCAUACAUAGUCUUAUUUGAAAGGUAAUAGAAGCUGGGUUUCCAUUACCCUUAGAAAUGCGCAAAAUCUAAAUAGUGCAAUAGAAAACAGGUAAUGGACACAACUGAAUUUCGCAAAACCUCUCAAAUAUCACUAGAACAGUUUUACGCUCUCAUGAGGUGGUUUUUCAGAUGUGUCGAUACAGAUGUAUGUUGCAAAAGUGUAAUGGAAACACUUUUAGUGCAUUAACACGUCACGUGACCCCACUACGUCACCGGACGGGUUCUUUUCCAUCCGGUUUUACAGCGGCUGCCAUAUAACCAAAACAAAAUGACACGGUACGUGUGGACAGAGGAAACCGCUAUCAUCCGCUGCCUUCGUCUUUUGUUAAAAAUGGUCACGGCAACAGCAGUAGUAUGGAGCUUUAUCCCUAUCUUUAUUCAAGAGAGUGGUCUAUCAGUUUGAGAGCAUUAUUUAUUGAUUUCACGUUCAAAAACCCUGCCCUUGCACUCAAAUAGCCUCUGCUUGCACUUGGAUGUACUCUGUUUCUGCUCAAACUGUGUGCUCGCACUCAGAUACCAUGUUGCUCGCACUCAGAUACCAUGUUGCUCGCACUCAGAUACCAUGUUGCUCGCACAGAUUUCCUGCUUGAGCUUCAGCUUUUCUCCUCGCGCUCAAACUGUUUCUGUGUGCUCGCGGAGUUUCUGCUCUCAGAUUUCUGCCCUGCGCUUGGAUUUUUUUGUGUAACAACCCUGUUAAAAUCCCCCAACCAACAGAAUGCCAGAUUUACUGUUGACCAAUGAAAUGAUCCAUGCCUCCUUGUGGGCGCGCUCGCUUUAGCGCAUAUACACUGCUCAAAAAAAUAAAGGGAACACUUAAACAACACAAUGUAACUCCAAGUCAAUCACACUUCUGUGAAAUCAAACUGUCCACUUAAGAAGCAACACUGAUUGACAAUCAAUUUCACAUGCUGUUGUGCAAAUGGAAUAGACAACAGGUGGAAAUUAUAGGCAAUUAGCAAGACACCCCCAAUAAAGGAGUGGUUCU